GCACGGAGACUCCGGAGCAAUCAAUAAGCGCGACCGCAGUGGUGGCCUGGGGCCCGUGGAACGGGCGACGCCCUCGCGGGGGGGGGGGCGAGUGGGAGACCCGCUCUGGGCGCUCGGGGAUCCACACCCCCGCUCCGCCCCGGGCCUGGGCCGCUCGCCCGCCCGUCCCCUCCCCCCUCCCUCGCAGCCUCGGGCCCUCUAGGCGCCCGGCGGGGCGCAGGUGCUGCGCAGGUGCCCCGCAGGUGGAGGACCGCGAGGUGGCGCCGGUUCUCUCGGAGGAAUGAUUUGGGCGCGGCUGGCCUGCCUCACGGUUGGGAAAAGCGAGUGGAGGGGCUGUGUGGUGCCUCAGCAUGGAUGGCUACGCAGUCCUGAGAGUGAUCGGAGAGGGCUCCUUCGGCAGAGCCCUUUUGGUUCAGCAAGAGAACAGUAAGCAGAUGUUUGCCAUGAAGGAGAUAAGGCUUCCCAAGUCUUUCUCUGGUACACAGAAUUCUAGGAAGGAAGCUGUUCUGUUAGCCACAAUGAAACACCCCAAUAUUGUUGCUUUUAAAGAAUCGUUUGAAGCUGAAGGACACCUAUAUAUUGUGAUGGAAUAUUGUGACGGAGGGGACCUAAUGCAGAAGAUUAAGCAUCAGAAAGGAAAAUUAUUUCCUGAAGAUAUGAUACUUACUUGGUUUACACAAAUGUGCCUUGGAGUAAAUCACAUUCACAGGAAACGUGUGUUGCACAGAGAUAUCAAGUCCAAGAAUAUCUUCCUCACCCAAAAUGGAAAAGUAAAACUGGGAGAUUUUGGAUCUGCCCGUCUUCUCUCCAGUCCUAUGGCAUUUGCUUGUACAUAUGUGGGAACACCUUACUAUGUGCCCCCAGAAAUUUGGGAAAACAUGCCUUAUAACAAUAAAAGUGACAUCUGGUCCUUGGGAUGCAUUCUGUAUGAGCUCUGUACCCUUAAGCAUCCAUUUCAGGCAAAUAGCUGGAAAAAUCUUAUUCUCAAAAUAUGUCAAGGGUCCCUGAGGCCACUGCCACCUCAGUACUCCAGUGAGCUGCAGCAUCUGAUCAGGCAGAUGUUCAAAAGGGACCCCUCACAGCGCCCUUCUGCUACAACACUUCUCUCUAGAGGCUCCUUGGCUCGACUGGUCCACAAGUGCUUACCCCCAGAGAUCAUCACAGAAUAUGGUGAGCAGGUAUUAGAAGAAACCAAAAAUUCUAGGCAUAGUACACCAAGAAGAAAAACAGACUCCAGCAGAAUCAGGAUAGCUUUGGAAAGUGAGGCGACCACAAUGCAAGAGGAAGAACAAGGUAGAAAGUCCAGCCACACUGAUUUAGAAAGCAUUAACAAAAAUUCAGUUGAAAGUGCACUGAGGAGAGUAAAUGAAGAGAAAGAUAAAUCUGUCCGUCUGAAGAAAUCCAGUUCACCAAGUCCUCUCAGGCGACAGUGGGAGAAAAACGUGCCUAACACAGCGCUCAUGGCUUUGGAAAAUGCAACCAUUCUCCCCCCCAGUUUAGGGGCAGGGGAUGACAGAGGUGGUUCUGUAAUAAAGUACAGUGAAAAUAGCACCCGUAAGCAGUGGCUCAGAGAGACUCCAGAAACUUUGAUGAACAUCCUCAAGAAUGCUGAUCUUAGCCUGGCGUUUCAGACAUACACAAUAUAUAGACCAGAGUCAGAAGAGUUCUUGAAGGGCCCCCUGCAUGAAGAAUCGGAAGCCCCAGACAGUGUGGAUGGAGGCCACGAUUCUGUCACUUUGGACCCAGAGAGACUGGAGCCUAGACUGGAUGCGGAGGACACGGAUUUUGAGGAGGAGGACGACGCCCCUGACUGGGUGUCUGAACUGAAGCGGCUAGCUGGCUGGCAGGGGGUGUCUGACGGGUGACGCCCAAGGAAGCGCCCCGGCGUCACAUGGCAUAGAUGUUUGAAGUGAGGAGUUCGUGUGUGGAUGAUAUCAGCUCACAGGAUGUGUAUUUUUCUUUAGACAGAGAUUGAAACUGAAUAUUGAAAACUGUUCCUGAUUAGUAUCACAAAGUUGAAAAUAUCUGUUAACAUGAGUUUUUGAACUCAGAGAGAAGGUGUGGAAGAAUGGCUCUGAGCUUCCGGCUUGUAGUCAGGACACAAGUGGCAUGCUGCUUACCGCUUGUGUGAUUGUGGGAGAUUAUUUAACCUCUUUGAGCCCAAAGGCCCACACUUCUAAGAUGAGGGUAAUAAUGCUUUCCUCAUGUGGGCCUUCCUGACCACAGACCAUGGCAGCAGCCCAUAGUGUUAUUUCUGCAAUUGUUAUGAUUUGUGUUUAAUUGCUGCAUAACUCUUUUUACAUUUCCUAAAGGUUUGAGAAUCAAAAUAAAUUUAAUUAGACCAUAA